AAUGUUUUCGAUUUUCUCCAUUCUCAGUAUCAGAGUCGACUUUGUUGAAGCACGUCGUGGCCGAACGUCGCGACGACUUUGUUUUGUUGUUGUGGUUGCUGUUGUUACUGCGCGUGGUUAGUCAUACGGGGAGUUUGUUCGCACCCCUUUUUCGGCAUCUAAGUUUGCGCAGCGGGUCAUUGCGUGUUUUGUGUGAGGUUGUGUGUCGCGCGUUGCUAAGAAGCGUGUUUGACUGUUUCCCGGAGUGUAGAGCCACAAAAAAUAUUCGCCAAGUGUGUUGGCCUUCUAAACCGUACCCGUCGCAGAAAAUAGAACAUUUGAGAUCUUGUGUAAAAGUCGCGUCCCUUAGUGUCGGUCGCCACAUUUGAGCAAUUCCUUGAAGCCACCAUCGUGUUUCAUGCGAGUGAACCGUUAUGACGAAUGGAUUCGAUGAUGCGGAGUGUGCAAUCGUGCAAUACAGUGCGAAGCUCGGUGGAAACGCGGCACCAGAUGUAACGUAACCGAGUGCGAACGCAAAGGCGGAAGGUGCCAAUACGAGCAAGUGUAGAAGUUGUGCAGAAUUUCUUGUCAGUGUUUAUUUGGAAGAUGCUUUGUUGCUGUCGACGACACGCGAACACAACCGUUCAUCAAUCAUCAUCAGCUAAGGAUAAUAAUAGGAAAAUUGUGCACAGCUAACCCGUUCGUGUCCAUGCGCUAAACUUGUACUAUUCCUCAUCGUCUAAAACUUACUAUGCUACUAUUACUACUACUAAGCUCCUUUUCUCUAACCACUACACACUAUCGCUUUGUACGUUGCUGAACAAGUUGCCGAAUCUUAGUCCGACAAACAAACUGCUACAAGUGUGCAGAACUUUGUAUCUGCCCUUUCUUCGAAGGAAGGGUCGAUCUUUCUGUAACAGUCAACCGAAACGUUCGGUUCCUACUCUCAAGAGUGGGCUCUAAUCGUACACUCAAUACCACCGUCAAUUUCAUACCCACAUAUGGAUGCACACAGCAAAUUGAAACCAACCCUCGAGGACUACAUCUUAGAGAUGGAAACCCGACCACCCGAUAGUGGUCAGGUCACGGAAAACGACGUAUGGGCGCAACUGCAUCAGAAAGAGGCCGAUCUACUACUGGCGGCCGAACUCGGUAAGGCACUACUGGAAAAAAACGAGGAACUUAAGAAGAACCAGGAAAAGCUGAUCGAUGAUUACUCGGCGAGAGUUGAGAACUUGGAGCAGGAAAAGUAUAUCCUUAAGCGGCAGUUGGAAAUCAAUUCGAGCGAAAAUGAGGCAAUCGUUCUGGAGCUCCAGGGUGACAUCAAGCAAUUUAAGCAGAAGCUGGAAACGCAGGAACAAAUCAUGCGCCAGAUGGAACGGGAGAAGAAUGUAUUGAUCGAGGAGUUGACCGCGCAAAACAACCGGCUGUCGAACGAACUGCAAAAAUCGAAUGCAACUGAGCAACAGUUGUCGGCUCAGUUGCAGGAAAUUAAAGAACAAUGCAAUCGACGCACGCUCAGCAUACAGGAUCAUGUGAACAGUCUCGAGAGCUUGAAGAACGAGCUCCGGCUAAUCCUGGAGAAGAAAAAUGAGCUGGAGAAUCGGCUUCACAUGACAGCGAACGACCGCGAGAACCUUUCAAUCGCACUCAACGAAGCGUCCGAAAGGAUACACAUCCUGGAGCGAAGUACGAAGGAGCAGGACACCAAAUACCAGAUGACGGUACAGACACUCGAUCGAUUAGAACGCGAGAAUGGCACGCUUAGCGAGCGUUUGGAGUCGUUUGAUUCGCAACGAUCGUUGCACGGGGAGCUGCAACACCACUCCUCAUUACUGCAGGAGAUGAAUGGUGAGGAGGAAGGAAUAGGUUCGAAGGACGAAGCCAGUCUUCUCGUCCUCAAAGAGGCCCAAUCGGUGUACAAACAGUUAAAGACACUAUGCCAAACACUGCGCAGCACUCAUCAUGAUGAUGAUUCAGGUCUUCACUCCGACAUGUCCUUCUCAUCGCUAGACAACACGAUGGCGUCUGUAUCAAUGGCAGCGUCAAACUCGGUAACGGAAGCAACCAGCGCCAGUAUGACCGUGAAUGAUAAGUUUAGUCGCGGCAUGUUGUCAGCAGUUGCCGACGAGCUCGUGCACAUUAUCAUGAAUUUGGAUGCGAUGCAAUUCAAGACAAUGUUUGAGCAGACGCGAUCGAUGCUAAUCGAACAAGAGGAAGAGCUGAAAAAAAAGAACGACGGCAUUAUGCAGUUGGAAAGCAAACUGUCCGUGCGGGAGGUUGAAUUGCAAAGUACGAUCGAGGAGCGCAAUCAGGCCCGGGAAGAUGCAUCUCAUUCGAGUUUGGCUCAGGAUGAGACGGUUGUACAGGCGCGUAAGGAUCGAGAUGCAGCAAUUGAGCGACGUACAAAGGCCGAGGUUGAAUUGGCUAAGACUCGAGUCGAGCUAAUGCAAGCCAACAGUCAACUACUGGAAGCAAUACAGCAGAAGGUUGAGUUGCUACAGCAACUCGAGCAGUGGCAGAUCGAUAUGCACGAGUUAAUUGAGGAACAGAUGAAGAAUAAGCUUAUCGAGUCUAGUACAAAACCACAGUCACAUCAGAAUCAGUCACAGCAAUCAUCCGGUGCUUCAACGACCGGUGGCCGUAAGAGCCGUCUGUUGGAUUUGUUCUACCACCGAUAAAAUCAUGACGGGGAAGUGUUGAUUAGCCGUUCGGCUGAUGAUGCAAAAUGAUUGGGAAUGCAUUCAAGCGAAUGUAGAGGUUCACUGAUGCAUUUAACUUAUCAUGGUAAAGCACGAAUUCCUUUGGAAGCAAAUUCGAUUGCAUCCCGAUUAGAAAUCACCUGUAUCUAAGGUAUUGUUAUUUUACGGAUGAUACUUCAUACUCGAGCAAUUUGAAAAUGUGCGGUGUUUCUCAUAGCUGCCUCGCCAACACAACCACAUUCCUUCGACUAAACGACCAAAAGACUUCAUGUUCACGACGCGAUUUUAUUCGAUCGUCUUCUUUAAAACCUGUUUGCUCGCGUGGCCCAAAGUGAAUGGUUUGGCCAUUUUCUUAUCAUGUGAACCUAAGAUCAAACUUGGUUGUGUAUAAAACUAAAAACAAAUAAUAGUAACGAUUAGGAACAACCAGACUUUCGAAAGUCAGAAGAAACUAGGCGAUGGAUUAGAGUAUUUUUAAUUUUAUUCCUUUUCAUAGAGAAAGUGGUAUGCUUCAUUUACCAUUGAUUAACCUUCAUGUGUUGCUAACCAAAUCUUAUCGUUAAUGUAUCAUAUCGUGACGAAAGUCCCAGAGGUUUAAGUGCAAGACGUAUUAUGUGCGCAGAGUUUUGUUUUCAAUUGCAAGGUGUAUCAAAAAACACACACGCACCUGUGCAAAUGUGAUAAGAUUUGAUAAAAACAAAAUAACAGAGUGCACGGGUAUGAGAAUUACAAUACACUAAAGCACGGAAAAUUAAACGGUGGCCUUUUUGUUCGAACGCAAGUGAUACACACUGAGCUGCUUUACUAUGCAAUAUUUAACAGUGAGAGUUACUAAUAUUGAACAUCCUAAGUAAACUAAGUUGACAGAUGUAGAAUGAAUGCGAACGUUGAUUCCAAUGUGUAUAGUGAGUGUACGUAUAGUGAGACCAGGAGAGAAUGAAAGAAGCAUAACAUAAUUUUUUUAUGAACGUUGAAAGCUGCUCAUACUAGUUGAGCCUAUGGCGGAGCAGUUAACGAUCAGCAAGACAAUGAUUAAUAUUUGUAUAUACUCGUAUUACAGCUAAAUGUGAAUAAUAAUUUAACAAUUUUUAAAACGA